CCACUGGCAAUCACAGUGGGCAGCCUGAUUUUCUGCUGAGUGGGUGCUGUGCUUUCAGAAUGUCUGGGCGAGGUAAAGGUGGCAAGGGGCUGGGAAAAGGAGGCGCCAAGCGCCACCGGAAGGUGCUGCGGGACAACAUCCAAGGCAUUACAAAGCCGGCGAUUCGCCGUCUCGCCCGACGUGGGGGCGUCAAGCGCAUUUCUGGUCUCAUCUACGAGGAGACCCGGGGAGUCCUCAAAGUCUUCCUGGAGAACGUGAUCCGUGACGCGGUGACUUACACGGAGCACGCCAAGCGCAAGACCGUCACGGCCAUGGAUGUGGUGUACGCGCUGAAACGCCAGGGUCGCACCCUUUAUGGUUUCGGCGGUUGAGCUGUCCCCACAGCUUCUCUACAGACUCCAAAAGGCCCUUUUCAGGGCCCCCAAACUGUCCCAGAAAGAGCUGUUAACACUUCCUAGAUAACGGGUAAAUAUCAACCCUUUGAUGCCGCCUUCCGGAUACCGGAAAUGGGACAUUCGCGGCCCGAGCAUCUGCUCGGGAUUAGACUUGGCGGGCGCGGGGAGAACUAGACCUCAAGGAGGGGAUUCCGCCUGUGCUUAGGUACGACCCUGGAGGUGCCGCGCAACGCAGUAGUGACCUCCCAAAAUCCAGACAGCGGAUUUUGUUUAGAAGAGUGCUUCUACAAAGCCCUAGUGUUAGAACUGGUCACGGUCUUCUAAGCGGCCGAGUCGUUGGCCCAUAAGCACGUAUCGGAUGGCUUCCAUGUAAAUCAGGGCUUAGGUGACUUCCUGCUGGCCUUCAGGGGUGAGCGUCACGCGUCAGAGGGCGGUUCGUGCGUGUGCAGGGCCUGCUAGGUCGCAGGAAAUGGGAGGUCGCAGCACGCCGCUACCUGCAAGCCCGAAAGCUGAAUGCAGCUCUAGUGUGGCGCGUAGUCUUACUGGGUACUAUUUUACUUCAUCGCUGACGUUGAGUGAGAGGUGACCAAGCUCAAAUGCUGAGAUUAAGGCGGCCGGGCGAAACUCGCGACACCCUGCGAUUCCCGCUUAGCCAGCUGCGUAAAGUUGCCUACGCCAAGCGGAUGGCGUCCUGCUCGGCCACCUGGCGGCGGGCGUGGAGUUGGCAGGCAGGCAGUGGGGGUCACGCCGGCAUGAAAGGCCAGAUCACCUGCAGGUCGCCAAGUUGCCGGGAAUCCCCCGCUCCGAGCAGUGUCAUGCCCAUCACAAAUAACCCUAUCGCAGCCGGGAGACCAAGUCUAGCUCUGCCACCGAGGCUGGAGUGCAGUGGCACGAUCUCGCCUCCGCCUCCCGGGUUCAAGCGAUUCACCUGCCUCAGCUUCCCGAGUAGCUGGGAUUACAGGCCUGCGCCACCACGCCCGGCUAAUUUUUGUAUUUGUUUGUUUUUUGUUUUUUGUUUUUGGUAGAUACGGGGUUUCACCAUGUUGGCCAGGCUGGUCUUGAACUCCUGGCCUCAAGUGAUUCACCCGCCUCCGCCUCCCAAAGUGCUGGCAUUUCAGGCGUGAGCCACCACGCUUGGUCUUGCUCUAGCUAUUCUAAACAUGAAGAAGUCAUAUAGCUUCCUUGGUGCGGUGGGCUGAAGUCACUCUAAGGGAGUUUCCCAGCCCCAGGGGUUAAAGAACUGGAGUCAAGAUUGGAACCCAGCUGGCGAAGGAUUCCGCACCGCUUGAUCUUGACAUUUGCCUCCUCUUCUGCCAGGAAGGCUCCCCUGUUCCUUUUUGCUGACGUGUCAUUUCUAAGUACUUUCUCCUACUCCAUAAAGACUUCAAGAAAACAUCCACCCAGUCCAGUCUCCGUGAUCCUUUGAUGUCUUCUGACAGAGCAAGUGAUGGCUCUCUAGCGAGUGACUUUGAUAAAAGCCUGUCUAUUCAAACCCCAGAAGAAACUGAACAUUGGUGGAUGAUGAAUUUGGGUUCCAAAUGGACUAUGAAUGUUGUGUCAGUCACCAACUGAAGAGAAUGUUUUCAUGGACAAAUAAAGACACUUGCGAUUUUAAUUGGGUACUCACUUGCUCAGAGUGGCAAGACAAAUUCCAGGUAAGGGUUGAAAUUUUAAGUGUUAAAAAUAUCAAGUGAACAACUCAUUAAGCUUUCAUAUCAUUUUAUGCCCAUUCAGCAGUAGUUCUUAUUUCCACUUAUAGUUUGAAGAAUUAACUGCAGACAGCUUUCUUAACAUUUGUAUAAUCUAGCUAUAUGGAAAUACACUAUUCUCAAGUGAAUAUUUAAUAUAUUCAUCAAGUUGGUCUUUCAGCUUGCUAAAAUGAAACUCAUUUCUUGCAGGUAAAAUGGGCAUUUAAUAACAUUUACCAGUAAUUUGCUUACAACAAUUAAUUCAGUCAAAAUCACCCAAGCAGUUGAUAAUAUUAUUAUAUACUACAUCUUUUUCUAGAAUUAAAAAAUUAAUGUGUAGUGCCAGCCCUAGAUGUAAGUUACAUGUAUCAACUCUAUCCAAUUUUGUCAGCCAUAAAACUUACCUUUUUCACAUACUUCUAACUCUAACAAUGUGAGAAAUGUAGAUCAUUGCAAUUAUACCCACAAGGCAGAUGGCUACAUGCAGAAUGGAUAGCAGAAUCUAGCUGCUUACGCUAGCCACAUGGUAGAUGUUUUUUCCUUUGUUUUUGCAAAAUUGCAAUAUAAGUUGCAUAUCGUUGGAGUGAAAGAUGUAAAGAACCCAUAGAAGCAGUGAUGAAGGACAUUUGUAUUUUCAACUUACAAAAGACCUUAAAAUUGCGUAUGUGGAGCAGAACUGAGGAGGGGAAACAUCGUAAAAAUUUUGUUCUAUUUGAUUUGGCACAUAUACUCACAGUACUUUGUUAACUUCUUAAAAAUAUCUAUUUGGAAAAACAGUUUAUAAAUAUGAGAGUAAUGUAAUGAUUACCCAGAAGCCUACAAAAUUUCCUUUUUAUUAUUAUCUGUAAACUGUUUACAAGGUAUUUUAAUUUCCUGUUGGUCAUUAAUUAUUGCUACAACUGCAUAGUUAAUGCAGUUAAUAUUUCAGUAUUAUCUCUAAUGUUGUCUCACAGGAAACAUAUAACUCAGUCUAUCACCUUCAAUCAAUCCAGAUCACUUGAGAAAGCCAUUGUAUUUGAAAAAAUUACAUAUAUUCAAAAACCAAUGAGAGGCAGAUCCCUGGUAUAUGGUGGAUUUGGACUUUUCAGAAAAAUUUGCUUCAGUCACCAACCAAAGAAAUUGUUGCCAUGAAUAAACAAAUGAAGCUA